UUGAUAGAUUUCAUAGUAAUACGUUUAUUAAUACUGUUGAUAGAUUUCGUAGUAAUACGUUUAUUAAUGCUGUUGAUAGAUUUCGUAGUAAUGUGUUUAUUAAUACCGUUGAUAGAUUUUAUAGUAAU